AUGUCAACCCCAUACGAUCGCAGAGGCGCCCAGGCGCGUCGAGGAAAUGCCUCUUACUGGUUACCACUAGCUUUCACUGUUACUGCAGCCGCAGUAGGUGUGGUAGCAUGGAUAUGGAGCACGAGAGGCGAUGAAGAUGACGAUGAAGAUGAUGAAGAUGAGAACAGACCUUUACAACCUCCUAGACCAGAACCUGUUGCUAGAAAUCCAGAUGGCAGCUUUCGAACAGGACCUCCUUCAUACGCAGGUGAUAUGCGACCGGGGGAAGCUUCUUUCGGCACAACCGAACAAAACCUACCGCCACAUCCUUCUCGAUCGGAAGAAUCGCAAGGCUAUAUAGCUCAGAUGUCGGGCGCACUACAAAGAACGCCUAGUCCACAGCAAUUCAUCAAUAGCGCUAGUAGAAGUCUUGCGGCGGGAGCCGCUGCGGUAGGAGGAGUUGUGGGAAGUGCUCUCUCUUCCAUUAGGGAGGAAGAUAAACACGGAUUCGAUGAUCAUAGAACAUGGCAGGAGGAAUCAGUUAUACGACGAAAUGCCGCUCCAAGUCCACCCAUCACCACAACCACAACUACGACAUCGGUUCCAGUCCCACGGCCAAUUGAAUUGCGCUCUGAGAGCGUUUCAGGAGUUUCCCCAGCACCUCGAGCGCCAGUCAGUAAUGGAAGGAGGAAGACCGUUGCCAUUGUAGUUUCUGCCGAAUCACACGUUGAUGACGCUGCUUCGGAAGCAGGCUAUCAUCACGAAUAUGCGUCAAUCCUCUCCCAUCUCCCCCGAAAAACCGACUUCUCCAAAAUACGACUAUUCAUUCUAAUAUUCGCACCUGGGCUAACGGAGCAUCCGCUGGAUGCUGCAGGCGAGAAACCGCCUGGAUCUAUCAGUUCCUCGUUUUCGAACAUUGACCGUGAAGAUGUUCAUACACCAGAGGAAGAAAGCGACAGACAGUUAACCCCAAUGUUUCCUCCGAAGGCCUCGACUCCACCCGCAUUCGGCCCAAUUUAUAACGAAGCAUUAGGCUUAGUGGAAAAGGAAACCAUGGUCCUACCAUUUACCACCCCAACCGGCCAUGUUCAGAUUCUCCGACAUCUCGCACCCGAAUUUGUAUACCUACAAGAAUCCCUCGCCGGAGAGAAUGGCUCCGCAAUCAACCCUAUGCAGACUUGGCUUCGAGAAGACGUUGUCCUCGUCGUAGGCGUCGAUGGAGGCCAUGGAGGACUCGCAGACAGCGAAUCCGAAGGUGGCAGUGAAGUAUCGACACGAAAAGAACAAUGGUGGGAAAGAGAAGAUAGAGUUGGCCUUGGAAGAGGCGUUGUUGUUGUAGAGGGGAAUCGCAUUGGGGAUUACUGGGCUAGAAAAGUUCUUGGUGUGGAAUAA